AGACGACGAGGCACUAGCCAAUACGAAUUAAAACGAUUGCAGUUUCAGUUUGAAAUUCAAGCACUGUAUCAAUUGUGCAAUAUACGAAAGACUUUUCGACCAGAGUUAUCAGGAUGAGGCACCUCUUGCUAGAAGCGAAAUCUACUUCGAGUCAAAUGGUUUCAAGGAAUCUUACGGAAACUUCGCGAGAAUCCAAUUCAAAUGCCCCAGCUGCUACAGUGCAUAUCGGGGAUUUGAUUCGAGAGAAGGAAAAAAAGAAAGAGUUUUAUCACAGUUUUGAAUUGGUGUCUCAGAAAGGCGGAGAAAAAGCGUACGAAAGCUUUUUCAAGGACAUGGAGAGCGGAUGUAAGCCAUUAUUUUUUACACUGACUUGGCAUAAUCAAUCUGGAGAAAAUUUCUUGCCCCUUCAACUUGUGUCAGAAUUUCCAAAAAAUACUUUACUGCAUCUGAGUGCAAAGGGUUUGAGUCGUACUGAUGUAGAACGCAUUCUGCCGAAAGUGUUGGAGAUGGGGAUAACAAAUUUGCUUGUUGUUCGAGGGGAUGAUCCCUCGAACGACGGGGACUUCCUGUACGCUGUGGAUUUAAUUGAAUUCAUAAAGACUCGGUACAAUGAUGAAUUCUGUAUUGCAGUGGCAGGAUAUCCAGACACUCAUCCUCAAUCUCCCUCGAAGGAAUCUGAUUUAUAUUAUCUCAAGAAGAAGGUCGACGCCGGUGCCAGUUUCGUAAUAACUCAAAUUUCAUUUGAAUCCCGACAAUUCAUAGAAUUCGUCAAAGACUGCAGGUCUUGUGGGGUAGACGUACCAAUUAUUCCUGGCAUUUUUCCGAUAUCAAACUACAAAACACUUAUGAACCUCCAGAAGAUUUGUAGUUUGAAAAUUCCGCAAGAGAUUCACCAGGACUUGAUGGAAAUCAAAGAUAACGAUCAAGAGCUCAGGAAUUACGGUAUUAAUCUGGCGACGAGAAUUACGAGUGAAAUUUUCUCCAGUGGAGUCGUUCAUGGAUACCAUUUAUUCACUCUCAACGAUUUCUCGAUAGCUCAAGAAAUCUGCGGAAGGCUGUCGGCAAUAACCAGAAAUUAAUGUAAUAAUAAAUUUUUUGGUCAAUUCACACAAAUCGG